CACAGCGGGGUGUGCGGGGGAACCCACAAUUACUCCUCCCCUUCUUUUGCCGUAGCGCUAAGACCUUGGGAACCAGCCCCCAAAUCUGCUUUUCCCUUCGCGCAAGGCAGCGCGCCUUCCAGCCUCUUCGGUCCUACAGAAAACCAUCGUGCUUGCACCUCCUUCCCCACUGUGGCCACCGAGCAUCCCCCAUCUCCGCCAGCGUCUCUGGCCCUCUUCCCGCACGCGGUGUCGGUAACGCGGUAACCCUCGUCCCGGCUUCGGCACUGCUUACAUUAUGUCCCUUGCACUCAGUGAACCUGGUUUUGUCCUCAGGCUUAGGAGAAAUCAGGGUUCUCUUCCUGCACAGGCUAGUGGCGAAAGCUGCCCCCCCCCCCCCCGCGAUCAGGGGACUGCUGGAGGGCUGGCGGUGGUCUCCGGAGCGGCUGCAGCCAGUCCUCUGUUCCCGCGUCCCAGCCUCCUUCUCCGAGAGGUUCUAACCCCGGGGGUUGUGCCCCGCGCGCUGCAACCCUAUUGGCGCAGCCAAGGGCCAGUUAUGUUUCCCUGUCUGGUCCUUUUAUCCCGCGGCGAGUUGGCCGUCUGCCGGGCGAGACAGAGAUGGCGACUUCACUCCCACCGGAGGGCAACCAUUUUGGGGGGUGCUGAUGGAUACCUGCGGGGUCGGCUAUGUUGCCCUGGGGGAGGCCGGCCCCGUGGGGAAUAUGACUGUGGUAGACUCUCCUGGACAAGAAGUGCUGAGUCAGCUUGAUGUCAAGACCUCCUCAGAAGCACCCAGUGUGGAGGCUUCCAUUGAGAUGUCAUUACCUACUCCUUUGCCUGAAUUUGAAGAUUCUCCUGACAGGAGCCGUCCUCCGGAUGAAGAAAGCCUCACCAGGCUGGAGCAGCAGGAUUUUUCUUCAGAGAUGUCAAAGGUCUCAAAGCCUAGGGCCUCAAAGCCUGCUGGGAAGAGAGGUGGUAGGACACCAAAAGGCCCUAAAAGGCCCCAACAGCGUAAACCUCCAUCAGCCCCUCUGGUUCCUGGCCUCUUAGAUCAGUCCAACCCUCUGUCUGCCCCUAUGCCUAAGAAACGAAGUCAAAAGUCCAAGGGAGACCUUCUACUGCUGAAGUUGUCCAAAGGCCUAGAUCAGCCAGAGUCUCCACAUCCAAAGAGACCCCCUGAGGACUUUGAGACCCCUUCUGGGGAACGACCCCGCCGAAGGGCUGCCCAAGUGGUCUCGCCACCUAACCCUGGCUGGUCUCGAACUCGUGACCCUCCCGCCUCAGCCUCCCGAGUGCUGGGAUUGCAGGCGUGCGCCACCACACCCGGCUCUCCAUCACAUUUUUCACAGACUUCCCCCAGGGCACUUCUGUAUCUUCAAGAACUGGCGGAAGAGCUCUCAACAGCCCUCCCUGCUCCAGUGUCCUGCCCUCCUCCCAAGAGUCCCAAAGCCAGCAGCCCCACGAAACCGAAGAAGAUCCGGCAGCCGGCAGCCUGUCAGGGUGGAGAAGAGGAUGCUGCCACUCGGGAUGAAGACUUUGUUCUGCAGGUUGAGGCUGAAGAUGAGGAAGAAAGUGAGGUGCCAAGUGAGAACUCAUCUGAUCCUGAGCCUGCUGCACCCAGAAAUACGCCACGAGGAUCCACUUCCGGGAAGCAGAAGCCACACUGCCGGGGCACGGCUCCCAAUGGCUUACCCAACUACAUCAUGGCUCCUGUUUGGAAGUGCCUCCACCUCACCAAGGACCUCCGAAUACAGCAGCAUUCAUUCUGGGAGUUUACUGAAUGGAUUCCUGUAGCCUGGAAGUGGAGCUUAUUAUCUGAACUUGAGGCAGCUCCCUACCUGCCCCAGGAGGAGAAGUCUCCACUGUUCUCUGUACAACGUGAAGGGCUUCCUGAGGAUGGCACAAUCUACCGAAUUAACAGAUUUAGCUCAAUCACGGCACAUCCAGAGCGCUGGGAUGUGUCCUUCUUCACAGGGGGACCACUCUGGGCUCUGGACUGGUGCCCUGUGCCUGAAGGGUCAGCAGCCUCACAGUAUGUGGCUCUUUUCUCCAGCCCUGACAUGAAUGAGACACACCCACUGAGUCAGCUUCAUUCAGGCCCUGGGCUGCUACAGCUCUGGGGCCUUGGGACAUUGCAGCAAGAAAGCUGUCCUGGCAAUAGGGCUCAUUUUGUCUAUGGGAUUGCUUGUGACAAUGGCUGUAUCUGGGACCUCAAGUUCUGCCCCAGUGGAGCAUGGGAACAUCCAGAAACCCUUCGGAAGGCUCCUCUCCUGCCCCGUUUGGGUCUGUUGGCUCUUGCUUGCUCAGAUGGGAAGGUGCUGCUGUUCAGUCUGCCACAUCCAGAAGCUCUGCUGGCUCAGCAGCCCCCAGAUGGAAUGAGGCCUGCCAUCUAUAAGGUACAAUGUUUGGCAACCCUUCAGGUGGGAUCCGUUCAAGCUUCAGACCCCUCUGAAUGUGGUCAGUGCCUUAGCCUUGCCUGGAUGCCCACUCGGCCCCACCAUCACCUGGCUGCUGGAUACUAUAAUGGCAUGGUUGUUUUCUGGAACCUUCCCACUAACUCACCUCUACAACGGAUACGGCUCCCAGAUGGCUCCUUAAAGCUUUACCCCUUCCAGUGUUUCCUAGCACAUGACCAGGCUGUACGUACAAUUCAGUGGUGCAAAGCUAACAGUCAUUUUCUAGUCUCUGCGGGGAGUGAUCGGAAAAUCAAAUUCUGGGACCUUCGACGACCUUAUGAACCAAUCAACAGUAUCAAGCGCUUCUUGAGCACAGAGCUGGCCUGGCUGCUCCCCUACAAUGGUGUCACUGUGGCUCAGGACAAUUGCUAUGCCUCUUAUGGACUCUGUGGAAUUCAUUAUAUUGAUGCUGGUUACCUUGGUUUUAAGGCCUACUUCACUGCUCCUCGAAAAGGCACUGUCUGGAGUCUUUCAGGAUCUGAUUGGCUUGGGACAGUAGCUGCAGGAGAUAUAUCUGGGGAGCUCAUUGCAGCUAUAUUGCCUGACAUGGCAUCGAACCCAAUAAAUGUCAAGAAACCUGCAGAGCGAAGAUUUCCUAUCUAUAAAGCAGAUCUGAUACCAUAUCAGGAUAGUCCUGAAGUUCAAGACUACCCUUCUGUUUCAUCUGAUGCCCCCAACCCUCCCAAAGCUAGAACAUAUACUGAAACCAUCAAUCACCACUACUUGCUCUUUCAAGACACAGAUUUGAGUUCCUUCCACAAUCUCCUCCGUAGAGAACCAGUGCUGCGCAUGCAGGAGGGAGAGGGACAUGCUCACCUCUUCCUGGACAGACUGCAACUUGAGGCAAUUCAUAAGGUACGUUUCAGCCCAAAUCUGGACUCCUAUGGAUGGCUGGUGUCUGGGGGGCAGUCAGGGCUGGUUCGGAUCCAUUUUAUCCGUGGACUCACCUCUCCGCUGGGCCACCGUGUGCAACUUGAAAGCCGAGCCCACUUCAAUGCUAUGUUCCAACCAUCCUUUUCAACUGAAGGGCCUGGUUUCCCUCCAGACAGCCAUUGCCUUUUGCCCAACCCCUAGUCUGGUUCAGACAGGACCUUUGGAAUGAAGUCUGCCAAGAACAAAUGGGUCCCAUGCACAGAGCGUAGAAACUGGGCCCUUCCUGGACAGUAAUGGUGCCAGGCCUGGAUUUUUUAGGCCUACCUGCCCAGGGCUCCUUAAAUCCUUCUCCUUCCACAGACUUCUAUGGUCAAAGCCCCCUGCGGGUAGGGGGGCCCUCCCUCUACAGCAAUUCCUCUGCCUAAAACCAUGGCUCACAAGAAACACUCAGGCCUGAUUAGGCUUGGGAGUCAAAUUGCUCAUAUUGAGCAUAUUGUGAAAGGGGGUAAAGCUAAGUAAAGGUACUGGGUGUUUUUGAGACCACUUGUGAGUGGGUGUUUGGAGAAUGGGAAAGGAUAUCUUUACGAAAGCUCCUAUUUCCAGGAUCCAAUGUUAAUAGCCUUCCAAACUUCCUCUUCAGAGUAACCAACACACAAACCCAACAGGGGUGACAAUAACUUAUUGGACUUGAAACUGCUUAUAAUACUUUUAACUGAGGAACACCACAAACACCCUACCAAUGGAACAGUGGCUUAGCUCUUACUUGAUCCUGCUUAUGAAAUAUUCUCAAUCAUUGGUCAUUUGACCCUACUUGAACACUCCUAGAUAGUAGUAGUGUUGUAAAAAAUUUUUUCUUCAAAGUUGGGCCUGGUGGUGCAAGCCUGUAAUCCCAGCACUUGGGAGGCUGAGGCAGGAGGAUCACAAGUUUGAAUUUAGUGUGGGCUACAUAGUGAGACUCUUUGUCUCAAAAACCAGAAAGAAAAAAGAAAAAAAAAAAGUUCCUUUAUAUCAAGUCAGAGUAUACCUCUAUUAAUUUUACUAAUGGGUGUUAGGAAACCUAGUCAUUCUUGCCUGUGAUUACCCUUUUGAGUACUUAAUAGAUAUCAUGUGUUUCCCAAGUUAUUUUCUCUAGAUUAAAUAUCUUUAGUUAUUUCAA